AUGGCUCACACGCAUAAUGUGACUGAAUUCAUUUUUCUGGGACUUUCCCCUAGUCAGGAGGUACAGAAAGUUUGCUUUGUGAUAUUUCUGCUCCUGUACACAGCAGUUGUGCUGGGGAAUGGCCUCAUCGUGAUCACUGUCAUGACCAGCAGCAGUCUUGGUUCCCCCAUGUACUUCUUCCUUAGCUGCCUGUCCUUCGUGGAGAUCUGCUACUCCUCUACGACAGCCCCCAAACUCAUCUCAGAUUUGCUGGCUGAGAAGAAAGCCAUAUCUCUGUGGGGCUGCCUGACACAGCUUUUCUUUAUCCACUUCUUUGGUGGCAUUGAGACGUUCCUGCUCACCGUGAUGGCUUAUGACCGCUAUGUGGCCAUUUGCAAGCCCCUCAACUAUACCACCAUCAUGAACCGGCGGGUGUGUGCUGUCCUGGUGGGACUGGCAUGGGUGGGGGGCUCUGUGCACUCCUUGGCCCAAAUCCUUCUCAUUGUCCACUUGCCUUUCUGUGGCCCCAAUGUGAUCAACCACUAUUUCUGUGACGUGCUUCCCCUGCUCAAACUUGCCUGCUCUGACACCUUCCUCAUUGGCCUGCUGAUUGUUGCCAACGGGGGCACCCUGUCUGUGAUCAGCUUUGUGGUCCUCUUAGCCUCCUACGUGGUCAUCCUGCUCCAUCUGAGGACCCGAAGCUCUGAAGGGCGGCGCAAGGCCCUCUCCACCUGUGGGGCCCACAUCACUGUGGUGACCUUGUUCUUUGGGCCCUGCAUCUUCAUCUAUCUGAGGCCGUCCACCACCCUGUCUGUGGACAAGCUGGUGGCCGUGUUCUACACAGUGAUCACGCCUCUCCUCAACCCUGUCAUCUACUCCCUGAGGAACACUGAAGUGAAGAAGGCUGUGAAACGGCUGUGGAUCAGGACAGUGAAGCUGGAUGGGAAAUAG